AUGGCUCGUAGACUUGUCGUUGGGCCUCAAAACCGCACAACGCAUCUGGUGCGUAGCCAUGCACACGAAGAAGAUAUUCCCGGGACUGUCAAUGUCCAGACCGUGGAAGGAGAUGAUUCUUAUAACGGCCAGGCGCUUUUCCCUGUGCCCGCCGAAGACCCUAAUGACCCGUUGCAGUGGUCGAAGUCCAAGAAGAUAAUGAUACUGGUCGUUAUUUGCACCUACAGCUUCCUCGGAAAUGCAGCGCUAUUGGGUCCCGGCCCCUAUUUGACGUUAUGGUCUGAGCUAUUCGAUAUUACCCCUGCGGAAGCAUCGACGCUUAUAUCAUAUCCCAAUCUCGCAUAUGGCUUUAGUUCCUUUAUCCUCGUGCCAUUAUACCUGAAGUUCGGAAGGAGACCUGUGAUGCUUGGAUCAUUAUUAGCUUUCAUUGCUGGCCUUGCUGGAUGUUCUCAAGCUAAUGACUUUGGUGGACUAAUGAUAUCGGCGGGUCGGAUUAUACACUGUUUUGGUGCUGGCAUAUGCGAAGCUUUACCUGUUCAGCUCGUGUCAGAUAUAUUCUUCCUUCACGAGCGAGGGAAACACAUUGGCUACUAUACAUUCGGCAUGUGCUUCGCCUCCAUGUCAACGAUACCGGCUGCAUAUAUGCUACCAACCAAAUACUCUUGGAGGCUCUUCUUUUACGUCAUUCUCGCGUUCGCUAGUGCACUAUUCAUCCUUGCAUUCUUCUUCGUCGAAGAAACAUCUUACGAUCGGGAGGCGCAUGUGGUCCACGACACCUCUACGGAGCGUUCGAAUGACAUCGCGCCUAAUGCCUUCGAAAAGCCUAACGACUCGGUCGUUGAGCGGGCGGCAAGUAUGCCGAAACGAAAAACGUUCCUAUCAACACUUAGCCCAUGGGGUCGCGUUGAUCCAGACGUUCGUCUUCAUACGUUCCUAUGGCGACCUUUCACCUAUUUUCUAGUCCCCCAAGUCCUAUGGGUUAUCACCUCUUUCGGAACUAUCAUAGGGUUAGGUGCAUUGGCCUUUAACUACGUCUUCCCAAUCAAGAUAACCGCACCUCCGUACAACUGGUCAGAAGCUAGCUCCGGCGUGCAGUCGCUUGGAUCUCUCAUCGGGUUCCUUCUUGCGCUUCCCUUUACUUCCUCGUCGGAUCGAUUAGCGGGUUACUUGACCAGACGCAAUAAUGGUAUUCGCGAAGCUGAGAUGAGAUUAGGAGUCAUGCUACCCGCUAUGAUAAUAGGCCCAGCGGGUUUAGUCGUUUACGGGCUCACUGCGGAACUUAACUUACACUGGAUAGGCUAUUUUAUCGGAUCUGGUCUGGCAUCUUUCGGCGGUUAUUUCUAUUACUGCUUCACAUUGGCGUAUGCUGUUGAUUCUUAUAACAGCGAUACGUCCGAGAUGCUUGUUGCGAUAAAUGUUGGAAAGCAGGCCGUCAGCUUCGGCCUGGGUUAUGGCGUUCUCGAUUGGGUAACCGAAAGCGGCUACGCAGCAAUAAUUGCAGGGGCAUUUGGUGGAGUGUUCUUAGCCAACAACUUGAUGCUUAUCGUGUUCCUACUGCGCGGCAAACAGAUUCGGCGAUUCAUGUCAAAGAUUAGAACUAAACACAGUUUCUAA